AUGGCUCUCUUUGCUUCUUCUGUGUUACCUCUUUCUCUGUUUAAGUCAAACUCAGAUCCCUAUCGUCUCUUCUCCACCAAGAAAGGGUUCAAUUUGGGAUUCCAGAAGCUUAAAACCAGAAGAUUACACAAGACUAAAGUGGUUGUACAUUUUGCAAUGUUUUCAGAAAAUCCGCUCAUCGGAGAUUUAAUCGCCACUGCAUUAUCCGGUGGUAUUGCCCUUUCCAUACUUCGAUUUUGGGAAGAAACAGCCAAGAGAGGGGUUUUCGAUCAGAAAACAAACAGAAAGCUUGUUCAUAUUAGCAUUGGGCUAGUCUUCAUGCUCUGCUGGCCAAUGUUCAGUUCUGGUCAACAAGGAGCCAUUCUAGCAGCUUUUAUCCCUGGUCUUAACAUAAUAAAAAUGUUUCUUUUGGGAUUAGGAAUAUGGAAAGAUGAUGCAACUGUCAAGUCUAUGAGCCGAUUUGGAGACCACAGGGAGCUUCUCAAGGGACCACUGUACUAUGCCCUUUCAAUCACUUGUGCUUGUGCUAUAUAUUGGAGAUAUUCUCCUAUUUCAAUUGGACUAAUUUGCAACCUUUGUGCUGGUGAUGGUAUUGCUGACAUUGUUGGCAGGAGGUUCGGAAAACAGAAACUCCCAUAUAAUAAAAACAAAUCAUUUGCUGGUAGUAUUGCAAUGGCAGCUGCCGGUCUUUUAGCAUCCAUUGGAUUCUUGCACUAUUUCUCCUUGUUCGGGUAUAUUCAGGUGAACUCCAAGACGGUCUUAGGGUUCUUGUUUAUGUCUCUUGCUGCAGCGCUGGUUGAAUCCCAUCCUCUAAGCAGUGAACUCGAUGACAACUUAACAGUUCCCUUAACCUCAGUGCUGGUUGGCAGUCUUGUUUUAUGA